UUUUUCCUGUAUAGCCACCCAGGUCAGUGUGCAGUGAGAGCUGUCCUCCAGGUACCCGCAUGGCCAGAAAGAAAGGGGAACCUGUGUGCUGCUUUGACUGCAUCCCUUGUUCUGAGGGAAAGAUCAGCAAUGAGACUGACUCAUUGGAGUGCACCAGUUGUCCAGAGGAUUUCUGGCCCAGCCUCCAGCGUGACCACUGUGUUCCCAAGGAAACAGAGUUCCUCUCCUACCAUGAACCUCUGGGUAUUGGCCUGACAGCUGCUGCAUUGCUGGGCACCUGUAUGUGUGCUGUUGUCCUGGGCAUCUUCAUCUAUCAUCGCAGAACACCUAUAGUACGCGCCAACAACUCAGAACUGAGUUUUCAGCUACUGUUGUCACUUAAGUUAUGUUUCCUGUGUUCACUGCUGUUUAUCGGUCGUCCAACGCUGUGGACAUGCCAGCUGAGACAUGCAGCAUUUGGGAUCAGCUUUGUGCUUUGCAUCUCAUGUAUCCUUGUGAAAACCAUGGUGGUUCUGGCUGUGUUCAAGGCCUCCAAACCAGGAGGUGGAGCCAGUCUGAAGUGGUUUGGUGCUAUGCAGCAGAGAGGGACAGUCAUGGUUCUUACUUCUAUUCAGGCAGCAAUCUGCACUGCCUGGAUUGUAUCUGCAUCCCCAGUUCCUCACAAAAACACUCAGUACCACAGCGAUAAGAUUGUUUAUGAGUGUGUAGUUGGGUCCACAGUUGGUUUUGCAGUUUUACUGGGUUACAUUGGCUUACUGGCCAUCCUAAGCUUCUUGUUUGCAUUUCUUGCAAGGAAUCUCCCAGAUAGUUUCAAUGAAGCAAAACUCAUUACUUUCAGCAUGCUGAUCUUCUGUGCUGUGUGGGUGGCCUUUGUCCCUGCUUAUGUCAGCUCACCAGGCAAAUAUGCAGAUGCAGUGGAGGUAUUUGCCAUCCUGGCCUCCAGUUUUGGCCUCCUGGUAGCACUGUUUGGACCCAAAUGUUACAUUAUCCUGCUGAGACCAGAGAGGAACACAAAGAAAGCCAUCAUGGGUCGAGGUGUUGAGACAUAAAGGAUACACUUAAUUUCACUGAACAGGAUGAGUUCUCUUUUUCUAAAUAGCACAAAAUGGAGGCAGUUAAUGUUAAAAUAUGUUUAGACAGCAGAGCUCAUGCCCCUGAAUGUCCCUGAAAAAGAAUUCUCUUUGUAUGUUAAUCUGAUUAAACAUCUUACUAAAUAAUUGAUUUAAAAUAUAUCUUCCUUUCUUUGAAUAGAAGCAAUCUGGAUUCAUUUGACAUUAUUAUGAGCAUUUAUUCGUUACCUAUUUGGGGAUUUGGACUUAAAGAUAUACUACACACUUUUCAAAAAUGCUUAAAAAAUUAGGGGUUGGGCUCAGUAUUUCUGAUGACAUGCCAUUAAGAUCAGGAUAGUUACCAAAGGAAAAAAAACUCACCUUGUCUUCACUGCCGGAGCAAGUUAUUGCAAUCUCUAAAAACUGUUCCCUUUGUUAUUGCUUUAUGUACAGGGAAGUUGAAGUCAUCCUGCAUGAACGAGUAUAUGUAAGCACUGACAAUAAUUAUACUAAAAUCGGUAAUCAAAACUCCUUUACACAUUUCAUGCAGUUAUGUUGUAUUUAUUACUUGUAUCUCGUUGUGCGUGUCAGCAGGUUGCCAUGCACAUGAAUAUUUCAAGAUUUCUAGACUGAAAAUUAGACAGACAAAACUUUAAUCGAGAAACCUGUACUGGAUGUGUGUUUCAGGAUAACUGAUCAUAUCUAAUCUCUGACAAGUUAUUGUGUGCCAGAGAGAUACAAUAGUCAUCCAUCAAACAGGCACAGACCAAUGAAAAAUAGAUAGGAAGGUGAUUUAUGUUCACCAUAUGCCACCAUCUUGUGGACUACUGCUCCGUUGGGCACAACAAUGCAGGGGAAGCUACACUCUGACCUCUCCAAUGAAAUGCAUUUGUGUGGGAGGCUGUAGUUAUAUGUAACUGGUAGGUCAGUGUGAAAAAGCAAAUUUCAGCUGUCUUGUGUACAAUUACAAUAAAGUGAUCUCAGAUUCAAUUGAAUAAACUCUUUUUGAUGGCAAAAUGCACACACUGAGGGUUGAUUUCUACUUUUGGUCAUUUGACUUCAUCACACAUGCAAAUUUUGAAUUAAAUUCAUUACAAAGGGGGUGGUCUGAGACACAUAUUCAUCUGAUCAGGUGUUAAACUGCAGAUUGAUUCCGAAGAAGCUUUUAUGUAAAGCAAAUGCAAGUAGAUGUCUUGUCAAAGGAUUAAAAGUCCUACCUUAUCUACAAUUUCAGGUAUGAUGUACAGUAUAUCAGAUCACUUAAUAUGACUUAAAAUAAAAUGACUAAAAUAAUAAUAAACACAUGAUACAGUAAUAAUUAUGAUGGGCAUUUUUUAGACCUCAGUCAUUACAGCC